AUGUUAUCCCUGGACUUGGAUCAGCAGCAGCCAAAGCAGCAGCGAACCGGCAAUCACGCUGUGGCCGUUGAUCUGAACGUCAGCGAGACGCGUUACUCUGACGAUGCGACGAUUAUCGGCGACAUUUGCGACAAGGAGGAAGGACUGCUGCUGCUCGCAGCGGCACGCGACAGUCGCGAGGAUGGCGGCGCAUCGGCGGCAGAAGCGACAGCCGCGGGCGGUGACCACCGCAGCAGCAGCGGUUGCGCUGCUGCUGCUGCUGGUGCUGAUGAUUUCGAGGAGAGGGAGGAGGAGGAGGAGGAGGAGGAGGAGGAGGAGGAGGAGGAGGAGGAGGAGGAGGAGGAGGAGGAGGAGGAGGAGGAGGAGGAGGAGGAGGAGGAGGAGGAGGAGGAGGAGGAGGAGGAGGAGGAGGAGGAGGAGGAGGAGGAGGAGGAGGAGGAGGAGGAGGAGGAGGAGGAAGGCGAGGGAGACGAUGGAGAGCUGAGCCCGUGGUCAGCGCUGACGUUCGCAUGGGUGAGUGCGCUGCCUGCUUGGAAGUGGCUGGUGACCCCCACAAUGCGCAUGGACGCGCGCAAAACGCUGCAGCUGGCAGGCCUCCCCCCGCCCCCCCGCACCUGCCGCGCGGAAUGGCUGGACGCGCAAACGGCGCGCUUGCAAGGGGAGGGGCGGAAGGAGGAGGAGCACUGGGAAGGGGAGCAGGGGACAAGGGGUGGGUGGCGGGGAAGCGGUGAGACGGUGUUGACGGGCGGAUGGAGGGAUGGUUGCGCCGAAAGUGCGGAGGCCGGCGUUGGUCGGAUGGAUGGUGCGGCGAGGCAUCUUAAAACUCGGGCUGAUGGGGGGAUGGUUGCCCCCAGGGGCACGCGAUGGUCUCGUGCGAUCGCCUACCUCAAAGCGUGCGGCAGCAGCAACAGCAGCAUCGCGGGGCAACCCGCGGUCAUGGAAGGUUACCUCACGGCAGCAGGGCUGGGGGCAGUGUCGGUGGUGCUGGCUGUGCUGCUAGCAGCAGCGCCCAUAGGCGCGGGGCAGCUGCUGCUGCGCCUGCCCCUGCCGCUGCUGCUCAAUUCCUCGCGCUGCUCCGCGCCCUUCCCCCGCCUCCCCCUCUCCCCACGCCUCCCCCUCUCCCCCGAAGGCGACCUUGCCGCCUGCCUGCUGCUGCUGCAGCAGCAGGGGGAGGGGGGCGAGCCGGGGAAGGGAGUGGCGGAAGGAGAGGGGGAAGCUGCGGGGGAGGGAGAGGGCGCGGGGGAGAGCUGGGGAGCGCAAGUGGCUCCUACUGUGCUGCCGGCGCUGCUGGCGUCCCGCACGGCCCACCUGCUGCCCAUGCUCAGAAUCGACCUCCCCCACCUGCCCCUCCUCCACCAGGUCCGCCCUCCCCCUCGGUCUGCCCCAUUGCCCCCUCCCAUCGCCCCAUUUCCCCCUCCCAUCGCCCCAUUUCCCCCUCCCAUCGCCCCAUUUCCCCCUCCCAUCGCCCCAUUUCCCCCUCCCAUCGCCCCAUUUCCCCCUCCCAUCGCCCCAUUGCCCCCUCCCAUCGCCCCAUUUCCCCCUCCCAUCGCCCCAUUUCCCCCUCCCAUCGCCCCAUUUCCCCCUCCCAACGCCCCAUUGCCCCCUCCCAUCGCCCCAUUUCCCCUUCCCCCCGUGCAGCUGGUGUAUCGCAACUCCAAGCCAUCUGGUGCAAAGGCUGUUGCUGACACCUGGCGGCAACUGACAGUGUAUGCGGGGCAGGCGCGCAAGCAGGCAGGGGAGCACAUGAUGACCAUCCCUCGAGCGCUCUUCCUGGCCACAGACAAGAUGCUGCAGGACGGAGUGCCUUACCAGGGGCCUGUCUGGUCCACCGGCAUGGCCGCUGCAUGGCUGUGUCGUGAGAUGGUGAAGGGCAGGGAGUCGUUCUGGUGGCCGUACCUGCAGUUCCUGCCUCCCUCUGUCAGCCUGCCGUUCUUCUUCAAGCCGGAAACGCUGAUGGAGCUCGACUCGCCUGCUUUUGUACAGAAGAUAUCCACCCAUCUGAACAACUACCGGUCGGAGUACAACCGCAUUGCACCGCACUUACGUGCCAACACCACUUUUUUUGAGUACCUGUGGGCCGUCUCCAUCAUCAACUCGCGCGCCUUCGGGGACCAGACGCGCGGUAACACGGUUACCGUCAUGGUGGAGGGCAAGGAGCAGGAGGUGCCUCUGGCGAGCGGGCCCUUAGCGCUCGUGCCGAUAGCGGAGCUGCUGGACCAUGAAGACAUGUUCCAGGCUCAGUAUGAUCACUCCACGCCCUUCUCCCCUUCUCCUCCCAACUCUCCUCCCCUUCUCCUCCCCUUCUCCUCCACUUCUCCUCCCCCUCUCCUCCCCUUCGCCUCCCCUUCUCCUCCCCCUCUCCUCCCCUUCUCCCCCCCUUCUCCCCUCCUUCUCCACCCAGAUUGGAGCAUCACAAUUCAAGCAUCACAGUUUGAGUUCAUAGCUUUGAUGCCAUUCACCAAGGGCGCCGAGCUGUUCACGUCAUACGGCCCCAAGGUGAACGAGGAGCUGCUGCUGGGCUACGGCUUUGUGCUGGACGGCAACAAGCAGGAGAACGUGCUGCUCUUCCGCACGCUGCUCGAUGCAGUGAACCUGGUCGCCCUCGUCCUGCACCACGACGCCGCCCGCCCCGGCGAGUGGGUGGCGGGCCCGGGCGGCUUGGGUGGGGCGGCUGGAAAGGGCGGCAAGGCAGGGGAGGUUGGGGAUGUGAGUGAGUGUCACGAGGGGAGUGAGGGAGAGGGAGAGGAAGAGGAGGAGGGGAAGAAACGGACAUGUGCAGCGAAGUACGGGGAUGAGGCUGUGGAAGGUGGUGGUGCGGCUGUGAGUGCAGAGGCGGGCAGCAAAGGGGAUAGGGAGCUGAAGCAGGGCUUGGCACGCAUCUGGGGAGAAGGGCUGGGUGACUGGCUGGUCAACGAGGGUACUGAUGGUGAUGCGGAUGGUGAUGCAGAUGGUGAUGAUGAUGAUGAUGAUGAUGAUGAUGAUGAUGAUGAUGAUGAUGAUGAUGAUGAUGAUGAUGAUGAUGAUGAUGAUGAUGAUGAUGAUGAUGAUGAUGAUGAUGAUGAUGAUGAUGAUGAUGAUGAUGAUGAUGAUGAUGAUGAUGAUGAUGAUGAUGAUGAUGAUGAUGAUGAUGAUGAUGAUGAUGAUGAUGGUUAUGCCAAGGCAGUAGAAGCAAUUGCCAGGGAGCGUGCAGAGGCAGAGAAGCAGUUCGUGCACGUGGGGGCCAUGCCUCAGUACUUGGCUCGGCAGGAGAUCAGGAGGGAGAGCGAGGCAGACGAGGUGAAUGGCGGAGUGGAGGUGCUGGCAGGGAAAUACAAGGACCCCAGUUUUGGCGUGUCUGUGUGGCGAGGAGGGAUUGUGGAGCCCAACCUGCUAGCUGUGUUCGCUGCUGUGUGGUACUACCUCAAGCACCAGUCAGAGCCCCCGGCCGACAUGGCCAAGUCAGUGCUGUAUCUGGGCUGGGGAGGGUCCAACAGUGGCUGUCGGGACCCACAUGUUGAUAGCCAAAUCAUGCAUUCACCCCUCACUCUUUCUCUGCUCUCUCCCCUCCCUCCGUCAGAGCCCCCAUCGGACAUGGCCAAGUCAGUGCUGUACCUGGGCUGGGGGCCCCCAUCGGACAUGGCCAAGUCAGUGCUGUACCUGGGCUGGGGGGUGAGCAACAGCGGCUGUCGGGACGUGGCCUCUCCCUUCUCCAAUGUGCUGCCCGCCCUGCAAGCAGCGGCCGACACCGUUCGUCUGCUAGCGCAGGCGCGGCUGCAGCAGAUGCCGACCAGCAUAGAAGAGGACGAAGCGAUCCUGAGGGAGCUGGAGCGGUGCAAGAGCGGCGGGAAGGCGGGGGAGAGGGAGAAGGAGGGGGUGAAGGGUGGGAAAUUGGGCAAGGAAGGAAAGAAGAAGGUGGCGCAGAGCAAGCAGCAGCACAAGGAGAAGUUGACAAGCGUGGAGGAGGAAGUUUCUGCGAAGCGUCUUAGCCGGCGCCGGCGCCGGCGUGCUGUUAGCGAGGGGAGGAUCAGCGACGACUACAGUGAUGAUGACAACAGCGAGAGUGACAACAACGAGGAGGAGGGGACGGAUGCUGAUUUCAAGAGCAGGAGCGAGGAAGAGGAGGCGAUGGACUGCGACGCGUGGGAGAGAGAGCAGGCCAGCGGGGAGAGCGAGGAGGAAGGCAGCGGGUCGGAGAAUGGGAACAUCGGCGGCGGUAGUAACGGGGGUGCGAAGAGGAUGACUGUGAUGGGGGUGCGGUGUGGGUGUGAGGAGCUGAGGGCUGAGGCGGAUGAGCGGAUGGUGGCGGUGCGAUUCCGGAAGGCCAAGAAGGCGGUGCUGAAAGAGGUGGUGGACCGGCUAAGAAAGGUGUGCCCUGCCUCCCCCACUGCUUUCCUCUGA